GUCCGCACAGUCUAUUCUAAAGGUGGAUCUUAAAUUCAAAGUCAAUAAUCGCUGUGGAGCACGAACUCUUUCGGCCGAUGGAUUAAAUGCACAGUCUGAUCCGAGGAGGCAGCUAUUCACGCUCUUCCUUUAUUUUGCUUUAUUUUUAUUUUGAUUUGAGCUGCAAUCGCACCUCUCUCUCAGCUGCAAACUUCCAGUAGAGUGCUUGUAUGAUUUGUGUUUGCAGCGGGACUCUUUCUCUCUUGAAACAUAACUCCGAUUUUCAUCUCCUUCCAUCUCGUCUUUAAUCAAAAUGAUGGCCAUGUCCCAAUUCACGAGCAGAAUCCUCUCCUCCUUCAAUCCCCAGGGAAUAAGGGAUCCGUCUGGCGUUACACGUGGCUUCCAUAUUGAACCAGGGCCUCGUGAGAAAGUGCUAUUGGAAGAGGAUCCUGCUCUGAAGAGGUUCAAGUCACAUAAGAAGACUGUAUGGCGCCUGAAGAGAGUUGGAGAUGUCCUCACCGUCGUUGUCGUUGCUGGUUGUUGCUAUGAAAUAUAUGUGAGGACAGUGAAGCGUAAUGCUGAACGUGAAGCUUCACAGACGAACCAGGAAGCUGCACGGUAACCUAUCCAAUGAAGCAUGUCAAGUCCAUGCAUUGAAGAUUAUGUUGUGUGAUACUAUGGAAGGAUUUCGAGGUCUAGAUAUUGCAGAUACAUCUUGAUUUCCGCUGUGAUUAAUAAGCAAAGAAAUGUCUUGAAACCCUUA